ACUUAGUCACUAAGGUUGACCUUAAGGUAACCUUAACAUAAAGUUACGCCCGUUGCACAAAGCUACCUUUGGUCAACCUUAACUCUGGAAGGAUACUUAGCGGCAACCUUAGCUAAGGUUGAAAUCUUUAGUGCCGGAGAUACAAUUAUGUCCGUAGUUACGGUUGUGAGUUAUCUCCCCUGCUCGUAUCAGCAGACGACUAGUGUUAUCAAUACUUCGGCAUGGCAGAGGCGUCUACUAGCAGUGCACGAAAACGGAACAGGUUGUCAAACUAUACACCGAGCGAGCUAACAAUGCUGGCCGAUGAGGUGAAGUGUCGAAGCCACAUCUUGUUUGGAUCUUUUUCUUCAUCUAUUACCAACCAAACUAAACUGAAGGAGUGGGAUGCAAUAGCUGCAAAGAUAAGUGCUUGCUCUUCAGUGGAAAGAACAGGGGCACAACUAAGAAAAAAAUGGAAUGAUUAUAAAUCUCAGGUGAAAAGAAGAGCCAUGGAUGUCAGAAAAGAAUCAUCCAAAACCGGAGGUGGUCCAGCUCCAGUACCUCUGACUGAUCUGGAAUUUAAAGUUGUAUCACUGAUUCCACAGUGCCAAAUUGAAGGGAUAACUGGUGGAUUGGAGUCUGAGGUUGAUGAAAUUUUUCAAACACUGAACAUGGUCAGUGAUAGUGGCCUUCCCACAGAAGACUACUUUGAUUCGGCCUUCACCAGCGAUGAGAGGAAGAGCAACGAAACACCUGGUAUGCUUAAUUAAUAUUUUUAAAGGCAUGUUUAAAAGUUAAAUUUGUCAUCAAGUCAGUUAGUCACAGCUUAAAAAUGUCAU